AUGGGUGACUCAACAAAUGUGACUUCAUCUCCCAACCUCCGACCCUGUGAUGUUGUCAGAACAUCAGUCCAUGCUUUCUUUGUGGUGGUCUACAGUCUAGUGUUUCUGGUGGGUUUACUCCUCAAUGGCUUCAUCAUGAAGUUUUACUGUUGUCGAGCUCAGCAGCAGGCAUCGAGCAGCUUGAUGGUCUACAUGAAGAACCUGACAGCUGCUGACUUCCUGCUUUGCCUCUCUCUGCCACUGCGCAUCUCCCACUAUGCCAGCAGCUCUCCUAUUGGUCAGGAGCUCUACUGCAGCUUUGGAGCUUCCGCCUUGUACCUCAACAUGUACGCCAGCAUCAUCUUUAUGGGGUACAUUGCUGCUAACAGGUAUCUGAAAAUCGUCCAUCCUUCAGGAACUCACGUCCUGCAGACAGUGCGAACUGCCCACAUCGUCUCCAUGGUCACCUGGGUUUUUCUCCUGGCUGCAUCAAUUACAUACACCAUCCUGUUUUUCAUCACCGAGAAACCACUGACCUCAAACUCCAUCAGGUGUGAUUAUAUGUUAGGCACAUCGGUCACCCUGUUCUACAAAAUUAUCCAUGUCAGCUGCGCCAUCAUCUUCCUCGUGGUCUUCAUAUGCCUGGUCUUCUUCUACUACAGCACCUCCUGCAGGGUGUUGCAGGUACAGCAGAGUCAGCUGGCCUCCUCUGGCUCUGAGAAGCUGGUGAAGUCUCGCAGGAACAUGUUGGUGCUGGUCAGCAUCUUCUGUGUUUGUUUUGUCCCCUAUCACCUGGUUCGACUUCCCUACACUAUUCUGUGGGACAGCUGCCCUGCGGGUUGGAUAUUGUACUACCUGAAGGAAUUGGCCACCAUGGUGUCAGUUUUCAACAUCUGUCUGGACCCUCUUGUUUACUUUUACCUCUGUAAGACUUUUUCGGGCUCAGGUGAACCUGAGAAAGGUCUUGAGGGGAAGAACAUCCAACAAGCAAACCAGGAGAGUGAGAGCAGGAAGGAGCAGGCUGACAUUGUUACAGCAACAAGUUAA